CGGCGUGUACUGUACGGCGUGGGAGCACGAGUGGUACGAGGACGGUGUGGUGAUGGACUGGUCUGCACUUCAUCGUGGACUCGUCGCCGGCACGCGGUUUCCACCGGUGGCCGUACAAGUCGACGACGUGGUGCGUUUUGGCUGCUGUGGCGUAGACGACACCCUCCUGGUGACGUCGAUUGAAAUCCGUGCCCCGUGGCGCCUCAUCCCACUCUCCGACCAGGCCCAACGGCUGAGUGCGUUUCUGCUUCCGCCGCCGGUGCCGGCCGUCGUGGGAGCGGGGGUGCGUGCCUAUCGAUUUACGAGAGGCCCCCCAGGGCAGCGAAGCGUGCGGGACGACGUUUAUGCACUACUGCAGAACGUGAACCUUCAGCUGGCGCGUGGCGGAGUAAAGAGUCACGUUUUCCUUGGUAGCGUCAUUGUUGCAGCGGACAGCUUUGAGCCGUUGAUGCAUCACACAGCGGCGGUGUAUCGUGCACUGAAGGAGGCUGGUUUUGCCGUUAACGGGAACGGCUCCUCCUUUGAGCCGCGACGUGUGUUCCCUGUUGUCUCCGGUCGGUAUUGGAGCACUCUGACGCUCGGCUCACUGCGGCGCGAGGAGGACGUUGUGGGGUUUCUUGUCGAUGUGUUCUACCGAUGGCUGGAGGACUGCUACGCGUGGCUGUGCGAAUCACCUCCACAGGCGCUGCUCCUGUCGUCCGGCAACACCGACAGAAAGCUGCGGUUCUUCUCUGACUUUUACACAAGGUUGGUGUACCCAAGCCACGACUUUAUCGGCCUUUCUGGGGUGAAGAACAUGACGCUGACGGAGGUUUUGCAGCUUGCUGGACCUCUCUUGGCGAAGCGGGUGCCAUGCGUAGGGCCGCAGAAGUGGAGUACAUUGGAGCUGCGGUUGUGCUUAGCAGCCUUAGACGCGUAUAAGAAUCCCCCGCGCGAGUAG